GAUCCCGUCUCCGCUGCGUCUCCGCCGGUUUGAACUUGGCGGGCCAGAUGUGGCCGGCGGAGUGGCGGGGGGCUGCUCCUCCCCCGCCCCACACCCGUCUCCCUGCGGCCUUCCCGCCCAGGUCUCGGCCUUCCUCGGGCUCCUUCUCUGUCCUCAUGGCGGGCGCCCAGGAACAGGGUCUGGAGGUAGUGGCGGUGUCCGUGUACUCUCCGUCGCCGUCGCUGAGCUGCAGCAAUUCCACCAUGUCGCUGUUGUCUCCCCUCCGCCACCAUAGCUUCCCGUUUGACGAGGACGAUGGUGAUGGGGAAGAUGAGGAAGAUGAGAACGAAGAUGCUCAUGACUCGGAGACCAAGGUGGCUAGUCUGAGAGGAAUGGAGUUGCAGGGGUGCGCAAGUGGUGAGGUUGAAUCAGAAGAUAGCCAAGAGGAACAAAAACAGGUGCGCUUACCAGAAAGCAGCCUGACACCAUGGGAAGUGUGGUUUGUUGGCAAAGAAAAAGAAGAACGUGACCGUCUACAACAGAAAGCUCUAGAGGAAUUAAAUCAACAACUAGAAAAAAGAAAAGAAAUGGAAGAACGUGAAAAAAGGAAAAUAAUUGCUGAAGAAAAACACAAGGAAUGGGUUCAGAAAAAGAACAAACAGAAAAGGAAAGAAAAGGAACAAAAAAUUAAUAAGGAAAUGGAGGAAAAAGCAGCAAAGGAACUACAGAAAGAACAUUUGCAAGAAAAAGCAAAAGAUAAGUAUCAAGAAUGGUUAAAGAAAAAAAAUGCUGAAGAAUGUGAGAAGAAGAAAAAAGAAAAGGAAAAAGAAAAACAACGGCAAGCUGAAUUACAGGAAAAAAAGGAAAUAGCAGAAAAAAAGUUUAAGGAAUGGUUGGAAAAUGCAAAAAAUAAACCUCUUCCAGCUGCAAAGAGCUAUGGUUAUGCCAAUGGGAAACUUACAGGUUUUUACAGCGGAAAUUCCUAUCCAGAACCAGCUUUUUAUAAUCCAAUUCCAUGGAAACCAAUUCAUAUGCCUCCUCCGAAAGAAGCUAAGGAUCUAUCAGGAAAGAAGACUAAAAGACCUGUGAUAAGUCAGCCACACAAGUCAUCAUCUCUGGUAAUUCAUAAAGCCGGAAGCAAUCUUUGCCUUGGAACUCUGUGCAGAAUUCAAAGAUAGUAUAUGUAGGAAAUAGCAUGUUUUUACUUGGAGCUAUUCAAUCUUAAAAUCAGAAAUCAUUUUUUACUGCUCAGUCAGUAAUUUAAUCUUUGACAUAAUAAUUGAGAAGUUCCCAUUUUUGCAUUUGUGUAUGGAGUCCUUAGAAUUAAUUUAGGAAAAUAUUUUAUACAUUUUGAUUUUUAUAAAUGUUUCAAGGUUGAUUUUUGGUAUAUUGUUUUGCAGGAUAAGUAACUGAACACCUAAUUAAGAAUUGUGUUUGUGUUUACCUUAUAUUAAAACUACCCUGUGGUACCAGUAAAACCAAAAAUU